CGAGCGACGAGGCGUCCAUACAAACUGGAUGUGCGCUUGCCGAGUGUAGAGCAGUUGGCAAUCGGCAAAGCGUAUUGCGGCGCGUGUGAGCGGAGGGGAGUGCGCGGAUCUGUCGCGAUACCGCUAACUAAAGAUUUCCGCGGGGACAUCCGCGCUGGCUCCCCCCGGCUCCCACGUGCCGCGGCUGCGGAUUCGACGAAACGCGCGAGGAAAUACGGAGUUCGAGUUUUCAAAAUGCCGCUUCAAAUACGACGAAGCUGUCUGGUCUUCCUGCGAGAGAACCUCCUCACUCUGCUGACGAUCAUUGGCGUGGUGUCAGGCACCUUGUUGGGAUGGGGCCUGAGGGCAUCUGGCCACGAGUGGACUCGGCGGGAGGUCAUGUACUUCCAGUACCCAGGAGAGCUCUUCCUGAGGAUGCUAAAGUGUCUGAUAGUGCCGCUCCUGGUCUCCUCGAUUGUGUCCGCCAUCGGUUCUUUAGAUCUCAGCCUGUCCGGAAAGGUCGGUCUUCGUGCUAUCAUAUACUAUAUGACUACAACAGUGUGUGCCGUAAUGCUGGGUAUUGCCCUCGUCACUACAAUCAAACCGGGCAAAGACCCAGAGGCAUACAGCCAGCCGAACGCCACAAAAGUGGUAACUAAGGACACGUUGACGUCAGACACCCUUUUGGAUUUGAUAAGGAACGUGUUUCCCGAGAACAUCGCACAGGCCACACUAGCGUCUUAUCGAACAAGACUUGUAUAUGACGAAAAUGACAGCAAAGCCGUAAAAGAUCACCUGGAGACGUACAAAAUCGAAGGGGACUACCAGAAUGGGACCAACGUGCUGGGCCUGGUGUGCUUCAGCAUCAUACUUGGCAUCACCCUUGGCAAAAUGGGCGACAAGAGUCGCCCUCUUCAGGAUUUCUUCCACACCCUGUCCGAAGCCAUGAUGAUAAUCACCGGAUGGGUUAUUUGGCUGUCUCCACUUGGUGUGUUUUUCUUGGUGACAGCGAAGAUCAUGGAGAUUGAUUCCUUCGCCGAGCUGGUGGGCCGAUUGGGCCUCUACUUUAUGACUGUGCUCCUCGGGUUGUUCCUGCACGGCUUCGGGACCCUCAGCGUGCUGUUCAUUUUGGCCACGAAGAAGUUGCCUUGCCGCUACAUCGCCAAGAUGGGGCAGGUCAUGGCCACGGCGUUCGGUACCGCUUCCAGUUCAGCCACGAUGCCCAUAACGAUCGGAUGCUGCGACGAUAUGGGCCUGGAUCCCCGAAUCACCCGCUUCGUAAUACCCAUCGGGGCAACAAUCAACAUGGACGGCACCGCGCUGUACGAGGCCGUGGCCGCCAUUUUCAUCGCCCAGCUGAGGAAGGUGGAAAUGUCUUUCGGCAAGAUUGUUGCCGUGAGCGUAACAGCGACAGCGGCUAGCAUCGGCGCAGCUGGCAUCCCUCAAGCUGGCUUGGUUACCAUGGUGAUGGUACUGGACACAGUAAAUCUACCCGCCGAAGACGUCUCCAUUAUCCUCGCGGUCGACUGGCUACUCGACCGCUUCCGCACAACGAUAAACGUGGUGUGCGACGCGUUGGGAGCUAUAAUUGUCACAUCACUAUCGCAAGGCGACAUCGAGAAGUCGCGAGCGGUGCAGCAAAAUGACCGCGAGCUGGCUCCCGCGCACGAGCUCACCGAGCUGGAAAAGGGCGAUCUU